AUGUCUGAUCUUCGAGAAGAAGAGACUCCUAUCGGCAGCAACGUGCCUGAUUACCAAGAACCGACUUCUACUCCCUCUUCGGCGCCCGGUUCUCAUCAUGAAGUGGCUCCCGCGGUCACAUCUAUGCUCAGCACUCAAGAGCAGGGUAGUUCUACCUUGAACAAUAUUCUUGAUAACCAGGAUGAAAUCACUUCUACCAUGGAACUACUUGAGCUAGACUCUCUCACGCCCACCAUUACUGUUGUCGAAGCUCUUCUUCUGUCUGAGCUGAAAGUUUCCGUCAAAAACAUCAUCGAGGCACUCCAACUCAUCGAAGCACUGGUAGACCAUGUGUCAUCUAAUCAAACUCCUCCCUUCCUCCAGGUUAUAAACCACAAUGUCGACACAAAUGCCUUCGCCAAACUCUCAAAGGGCAAGAAGGGAUCCAGCUCUGCCGGUAGAGACGAUUCUCCCGAGAAGAUCGCUCCCCACGCUGCAUGUGCUCGAUGCCAACAUGAUCCUGCCGUCAGCGAGCCUGCAUUAACUCUUCGAUCUUGCCUCAACUGCGAGGCUGUAGAAUACUGCAGCGUGGAAUGCCAGCUCACAGACUGGAUGGCCCACAGGAACCUCUUUUGUGUCAAUCCCAGCGUCCUUCCUCUCAACACCCUGGCAAAGCCUCACCGUGUGCCGUUUCUCAAGACGCACAUCACCAACCCCUUCGCCCGCCUCGCCAAGGGCAUCUGGCUGCACGAUCGCCACAAGCAAGACGUGUAUGCCCUCCUCAUCGACUCCUUCCGGCUCCGAGAGGCCGACGACUUCACCUACGGCGGCAUGACGAACAACGACAGCGUUUACAGCGGUCGUGUGAGUUCUUGCCCGGCGUUUCGUCGUUUCUUGUACCAAGCCGAAGCCAAGGGCUUGAUGCCCCCUUGGUGGUCUGACCAGAAGCGUGUCGAGUGCCUUACUAAGGGCAUCGACAAACGGCAGGACAACUACCACGACCUCCACGCCAUGACCCGGGACAUUGAGAUUGUGGUUGUGUACGAAGAUGCCAUUAUGACGAUGCAACUUCGGAUGUUUGCAGAGUCGGUUUUGGGCAAGGGGGCGGCGGGAUCGGAUGGGCGGCUGAUGCUGCAGAAGAUGGUGGUGGCGGAGGAGUCGGCGCGAGUUUUGUCGAAGUAG